CGAAUAUCUUCGAAAGCAGAAUCGCCCAUACUGACAAUGUUCCACGAUCUGAACGUACCGUGGCCGGGCGCGGGCGCUGACGCUGUGAGGGAACUGCAGCGUACAGUUGCUUUCUUGGACGAAUUAGGAUACGACGUAGUUGCCCUCACCCAUACAUAUAGUGGGAAGCUGCCGAGCGAAUUGACGUCGCCAGUACCAAACCCACUGUCGUUUCCCGUCCCCCAACGCCUGCGCGUACUGCGACGAUGCAACAUCUUCCUCACUGACAGCGCCUCGAAUUUCCGCAUCCCACAACUGCAACAACACUAUGACCUCGUGGCUGCGCGACCAACCGACGAGCGCACCCUCCAGCAAGCAUGCCACAGCCUCGACGUCGACAUCAUCUCGCUAGACCUGACGCGCCGGUUCGAGAAGCACUUCAAGUUCCCCAUGUUGGGCGCCGCGAUUGCGCGCGGGAUCAAGAUCGAGCUCUGCUAUAGCCAGGGCAUACUCUCGAGCGAUCCACAAGCGAAGCGCAAUCUGAUCAGCAAUGCGACACAGCUUAUUCGAGUCACGCGAGGUCGAGGAUUGAUCUUCAGCUCAGAAGCAAAGAGUGUGUUAGGCAUUCGCGCGCCGAGCGACGUUAUCAAUCUGGCUUCUGUAUGGGGACUGGGGUCUGAGAGGGGCAAGGACGGUCUGACGAAGGAACCGCGCAGUGUUGUUGAGCAUGCGCGGUUGAAGCGCCAGAGCUUCAAAGGCGUAGUCGACAUUGUGUACGGAGGAGAGAAGCCAGUUUCCAUAUCAAAAGACAAGCAAGACGGCAAGAGCAAGGCGAAAAAUCAGAAUGAAAAGAGACCAGGCGAGACUUUGGAGAGUGCACCUGCGCGCCGGACGGAGCCCAAGCAGGUACCCAAACGUGAGCAGAAGCGAGUCAAAAAGGCAAACCUGGAAGCGGCAGCUGCAGCUCAGGAGGCCGCCUAAGCUGCACAAGGGAGAUGAAAGAAGGAAAUUACAAUGAUAC